CACACUCUCCAGCUCACAUUCACGCCUGCCCCCAGACACGGCGCAUCACUUGCCUUGACACCUGGUCAGCCCUGAGCCAGCGCGCAUAGGUGUACAAUCAAAUCCACACUAAAACAUUGCACUCCAGCAACAAGAAAACCACUUGAUCUAUCACUCCUCGGGACUGAAACAUGCUCCGGCUCUUGUGAGUGAUGCCUAAUUCUGUGUGAAGCUGCCGACGGGAGCACACAGGGAAGGAAGGAGCGCUCCGACUCCCAACCCCGACCCAGACCCCAUCCCAAAAAGCAGCAGAUGUGACAGAGGAGGAGAGGCGGAGAGAGAAACACAAUCUCCCCCACCCCUCCUUCCCUCAUCUGAGAGAACAAUACCCAGCCUCCAGUUGGAGAGGGUCAGCUUUUGUCCCUCUCCCCACGCUCCCCCUCAAGAGUGAGAAGCAGGCAGACGCGCUGACACAUUGACCUGCUGCUGCGAGAGGAGAAGACGGUGCAAUACAGUUGCUGCGCUUUACAUGGUUUGAUUCAGUACUUGGACAGCUCCUGAGCAACAACCAGUGCGAGUGCGAUUUUCCAUGAGCGUGUAGACUCUGUUGGUUUGGUUUGGAGACGAAGAACCACAGAUGCAGCCCCCAUGUUCGAUCCAGCUCGGUCCCAGUGGCCCCUCUCCAUCCCUGGGAUCGCAGGGCAGCACUGCGGGCUUCUACCAGCUGGAAGAGAAGCAGCUCUUUGAGAAGUUUUGGAAAGGGACUUUCAAGGCUGUGGCCACCCCGAGACCGGAGAGCGUUAUCGUGGCCAGCAUCACCGCCCGCAGGAGGGUGAUCAACUCAGAGACAACAGCCUGCCAGCCGCCCAAGACUGAUGAGAGGAAAGCGGCAGAGACCAGGGUGGACACCUCAGACAGAAAUGGCUGCAUCAAAGGAAAAGGACGCAAACGCCACAGUCAUCGCAGGGCCAGAAGCCCCUCCUUUGACGAGGAACUCUCCCCUCGGCCCAAGGGGAAGAAGAAGAAGAGAAAGUCUGAACGGAAGAGGAAAAGGAAAAGGUCUCCUUCCUACAGCCUGUCGCCACCGAGGAAGAAGAAAAAGAAGAAGAAGAAGAGCUCCAAGAAAAGCAAGCGGCAUAGGUAUUCCUCCAAAAAGUCCAAACACAGCUCUUCAAGUUUAAAACAUAAGAGGAAGGAUGAGCGCAAGCACAAGAAAAGUUCCCGGACUCACUCAAGGCGGAGACGACGCUAUCGGAGGUCAGAGUCGCACAGUUCUUCCUGCCAGGCUUCCACAGAGGACAGACACCAUCUGCAGAAAUCUGUGGUGCAUCAGGCAUUAGGAGACUUGGCAGCUGUGGUAGAGGAAACCAAUGGAGUGCUUGACCACACGGACAUGAAGUGGAGACCUGCAACCAAAUCAGUGUGUAAAACGGCUCCAAAAUAUCGCUCCAUCCUCUCAACCACCACCAUUUUGUCGUCAAAACCUGGAAGCGAGCUUUUACACAGAAAAGGGUCUCAGCAUUUAUCGAGCCAGACCGAAGGUCCGCACGAUUACGAUUCUGGGAAUGACACAUCUUCACCGCCAUCCAGCAAAACUGGUGUUUCUCAGGCGAGUGUCACUGCCAACAAGAGGAACCACUGUAAACGUCUGGCCUCGCCAGAGAAGGUGAAGUUCACUGAGAGAGACAAUGUCUCUGAUUCAGGAAACUCUGUGACCAGCUACGCUUCCUUUUGCAAGCCUUUUGGGGAGGACGGCUUGUCUGCAACCCUUUUCAGUGGAAACGGCAAGAGAGAACAGAUAACCCUGGGGUGUCGGGUGGAGGUUAUGAGAUCUCCAAAGACUUCAAGCUGUUCACAAAGGAUGAGCAAGUCAUCUCGAAGGCGACUGAAAACCCGGUCAUCCAGCAGCAGGAGCAGAUCCUCGGGGAGUUCCAGAUACUCUGGACGCUACUCUCGAAGCCUGUCACUGUCGUCUUGCAGCUCAUACUCGCGCUCACCGAGUUAUUCAGCUGAUCUGAGGCGGCGUGGCAGCGUGGCCAGCCUGAGCUCCAAAGGAAGCUACUCCAGAUACAGUGCUGAUAGACUGCGAGACAGAAAGAGAACACCUAGCUCCCGAGAGACAGAUGAGAAGCAUGCACAUAAGGUUAGUGGGAAGAAACGAAGACGCAAAUCCUACUCUCCUAUGAAGAAAAGGAGGAGAGACUCACCCAGCCAUCUGGAAGCACGCCGAAUCACAAGUGCCAGGAAGCGACCCAUCCCUUACUUCCGACCCAGUCCUUCCUCCACCAGUCGGUCAACCAGCGUGUCAUCCUGGAGCAGCCUUUUCACCCGCAGCCGCAGCCGCAGCCCCAUGCACAGCAUCAGCAGGAGCAGGAGCCGCAGCCACAGUUACUCCUCCUACAGGAGCUACAGCCGCAGUUCAUCCUGGAACUCAAUCUUUGGGACCCGUAGUCGCAGCCGGAGCCACGGUUCAUUGAAGAAACGCAAAAAAAACAGGCGUUAGGUUUCUCAGAGACCAGCUGAGAGCGGGGACAGUGGAUGUUGGAGCAAUCAACUGUGUGCGUCUCUGUGCUCUGCCUUGACGCUUGAGUGGAAGUGUCCCCGCAGGGGUCCGACCACGUCUUUCAUUGAUGCUGUCUUGUUCACUCUGCCCGCAGAGACCACUAGAGACAGAAUGUCUUUUUGUUUGUUUGUUUGUUUGUUUUGUUCUUGUACUGCAUCCUCUUGCAUCAGCACUCACAGUGGCCUGCGACUGUUCAUCUCUUAGAUAUUUAUAACUGCACAUAAGACAGAAACAGUCUUCCUGUAUUUGGUCUAUUAACAUCGCUGUUGUCCACUUCACAUUACAUUUUUGUUAUAUAUGAUUUUUCUUAAAAUUGAUAGUUCUAAAAUGCAUAAUAUGGCCUGAGUUUUUUGGGGGGGCAACAUACAGAAUGUGUUGGCUAAUACAAGUGCAGACGAACCAGGUAAACAAUUUUAAAGUUUCAUAAGACACUGGUCAUUUACUGUGCCAUGUCAGGUCUGUAUGUUUCAGAUUUUGUGCCGAGAAGUGAAGUAUUGAUGUAACAUUUGAGCCGGUUGAUCCGAGGGUACAAAGUUACAAACGGUUUCCGAGGGAUCGUUAUCAGGAAUAAGGCAAAAGUUUAUGGCUCUGAUCUUGGCACUUCACAAGGUAGAGAACAGACAUGUUUCCUCUGAAAAAUUAAAUGGCAAGGGUGGCCUGGCGGCGAGCAAACUGCCUGUCAGCUCAAAUGUCAAAUUAAUUUAUCCUCUGAUCAAGUGGAAAACAAUUGAAAUGUCAGUCCAUGUAAUACAACAAAGAGCGAUGGAAAUAUUGCGCAGGGACAGGGAGGGGGAUUUCUUUUGACAAAAUCUUCAGUGGAGGUAUUUUUCUUGACAGCAUAAGGCAAAUAAAACAUGUAAUUAAUUUGUUUUGGGAAAAGGAUACUUUAAAUUGUCAAUCCGGGGCUUCUGUACUUAUAUCAGUCUCUUUUUAUUUGAUAUUUUGAUUUUAAAUGAGGACACAGAAAGAUUGGUUGCAACACAAGAAGUCUGAACUUAUGAAUAGCCUUGAUUCUCAAUUUACUUGAAUGAUGUUUUCUUGCUACAACACAUAUAUCAAAUGUGUCAAAUGUUUUUCUGGAGUUAUAUCACAGAGGGUCAAGUUUUUUAUUGUGCAGCACAUACAUAUUUAUUACUUAUUUAAUAUUUAUUAGUUUGUUGUCCCUCUCAGUAGUGGUCAAUCCUUCUAUGCAACACUGUCAAUUUAUAGUAAUUAUGAUACUGCUGUAAUUUAGUUUUGGUUUGUUGUAAAUUAGUCUUGGGUUUUGCUCCUUACUCACACAUAAACUUCACAGUAGUAGCAGAUGUUCAAAAGACAGAUAAGCAUAAACUGGAAUGACAGAAAAGAUCCUUCCUGUCUGACCUUUUUGUGAGUGAGUGUGACAUUUUAGGAAAUAUGCAUAUUUGCUUACUUCAAGAUGUAGAUGUAGAUGUAGAGAAGAUUGAUACCACUCUCAUAUGUGUCUCAAAUGAAGCCAAUGUGGAAAUGCCAAAAACUGCACUUCCUCCAAUGGCCACUUUAGGCUGGCUCACCACAGACCCCCAUUAUUACAGCAGAAAUAAACAUGUUUACAGCCUGGUACAAAAAGCACUUUUGGUCUCUAUAGCUAACUUCCCGUGACAACUGUACAGGGGCUUUGAGUGACAGGUGGGUGCCGUCCUAGCCUGUUGCUUUGUGGCCAGUACUCUGAAAACACCAUUAGGCAGAAACCCUCCACAGCUCCACCCUUUUAUCCAAAUAUGGUCACUUAUUGUUCCAAAAAACAAAGGCGGCGAUGGCCAAAAUCCCAAAAGAACAGUAGUGCACAAACUAAUCGGUGACUUUACGGUGGCUUUGUCUACUUCUUUUAUAGAGUCUAUGGAAGCUACAGCCAGCACCUGGCUAACUUAGCUUAGCAUAAAGACUGAUAAUGGGGGAACAGCUGACUUGGCUCUGUCAAAUGGUUAACAAAAUCUGUCUAUCACCUCUUAAACUCACUAAUUAAAAUGCAUCUUGUGUUUAAUCCAUACAGAAACAAGUUGUGUUUAUACGAGAGGUUAUGUGCUGGACUAUUUCUUGGCCAGGUGCAAUAAAAUCCUGAAAUCUCCACUCUUUGCCUGGAAACCUCGCAGUCACCCCUCAUAAAACCAUUUACACUUUGGUAAAAAAAACAAAAAAAACAUGAUAAAUCAUGUUAAAUAGUGAGCUUUGGAACUGAUGGUACAUUUGGAUGUAACCAGGCUAGCUGCGUCCCCCUGUCUCAGGUCAUUAUGCUAACCGGCUGCUGGUCCUUCAUAUGCAUCGUACAGACAUGAGGGUGGUAUCGAUCUUCUCAUCUAACUCUCGGCAAGAAAGCAAAUAAGCAUAUUUUCCAAAAUGUCAAACUAUUCCACUAAAGUUCAUUUCAAGGCCACUUUGACUCCAGAGCUUGAAUCUGCAAAAAAGUUUAAAACUGCCUUUCCAUAUUAUUAAGAGAGAGAUAUUUCUCUAUCAUUUCAAAUCCACCAUCCUCUCUGUGUAACUGCUCCAUGCCUGACAGACUUCUCUCUAUGCACUCAAUACUCUCUGCUUAUUUCCCUGAAUGUCAACUAAAUUGGACAAAAGAGGGAAAUAUGACACUGGAAGAGGAAGGAACUUGGCAAAAAAGCCAUUCAUAAACUAUGGACUGAUGAUGACUUGUGUCAACCAGUGCUGACUAGGUGCCAGUGGAAGAUUUGUGCAGUCAUGGCCAACGGCCCUCUCCCUGUCUCACAAUGUAAAGUUUGCAUCAGUUCUUGUGCAAAAUAAUUUUCAAUAUGUAAUUACUGUGGUGUAAAUAUGCAUCUGCAUUGUAUAGAUUAUAUAAAAGCUGUCCUUAUUUGAUGUUCAGAAUGUGAUUUGGGCCUUGUUGGAUGUUAAAAUGUUGAUGUGGAUAAUAUGCAUUGACCAGUGGAAAAGGAAAAGAAGACUAUAUGCCAUCAAUUAAUGGACUUAGAUAUAUUUAUGCUAAAGAUCUGAUCAUGUCUUUUGUUAUUUUAAAAAUCCCAAUAACAAGGUCAUAUAGCAAUAGUGAUCCAGUGUUUCAAUGUUAAAUUACGCAUACGCUCCCUGUUUUCCUUAUGAACAAGCAUAUUGCAGAAACAUAUGUUUUUCAUACUGUCACAUUUUAUCUUGUGUCAGUGUGAACUCCACAUUGUACUAAUGUGUCACCUGGAAAUUGAAUUGUCCCCGCACAUAACCCCAUGAAAUCAACUUUUCCUUUCACUGCGUAUUUAAAAUAAGAUGUAUGAAAUCAUGUUCUGAAUAAAAACACCACACCAA